AUGGUUGUGAGCGGUACGGAGGUUGCGAAGAACAACACAAAAGACUCUUGCUGGGUCGUCGUGCAUGGUCAAGUAUGGGACGUCACAGACUUCCUGAAUGAGCACCCUGGAGGCGCAAAGCUCAUCAUCAAAUGUGCCGGCAGAGACGCAACGGAAGACUACGACUCCAUCCACAACCCAGACCUCAUCACAGAAACCCUAUCUCCAGACCGUUGUCUGGGCCCAAUAGAUCCGGCAACCCUGCCAGAGCCGCAAGGUGCCUCGUCGAACGCUCCUGACAAGCAACAGCCAGCUUUCCCACAUCUAGGCGCCAUUAUCAACGCCGACGACUUUGAAAAGGUCGCGGAAAAGUACCUCUCGCCCAUGGGCUGGGCUUACUACUACUCGGGCGCAGAAGACGAACAGAGCCUCAACGACUCGCGCCGCAUCUUCCGCAAGCUUGCUCUCCGUCCACGCAUUCUCCGAAAUGUCGAUUCCAUCUCCACGUUCACAAAUAUUCUCGGCCUCCCCUCUUCCCUUCCCUUCUACAUCUCGCCUACAGGACAGGCCAAAUACGCCCAUACCGAAGCUGAGACGAUUCUCUCGAGGGCCGCGGGCAAGGAAGGGAUCCUGUACUGCAUGCCCACCAAGCCAAGCGCGUCAGUUGAGUCCAUCUUCGGCGCCAAGGUGGACGAAGCACAGCCGUUAUUUUUCCAGCUGUACGUUGACCGGAACCAAGAUAAGGCACAAGCUACGAUUCGGAAGGCGGAGAGGUUAGGCGCUAAGGCGAUCUUUGUGACGGUCGAUUCACCCGUCAUCGGCAAGCGGGAGCGUGAUGAGAGGUUGACUGUGAGCGAUGAGCCUCUUUCGGAGCCCAGCGGCGUGGCUAAGACGACGGCUUCUGGGUUAUUGAAUGCGGGGUUGACGUGGGCAGAUCUGACAUGGAUACGGCAGACAACCUCGCUGCCUAUUGUCAUCAAGGGGAUCCAGUCAGUUGAGGACGCGGUCAUCGCUCACGAGCACGGAGUGGAUGGCAUUGUGCUGUCGAACCACGGGGGAAGGUCCCAAGACACAGCGCAGGCGCCCAUGCUCACACUCCUCGAGAUUCGGAGAUAUGCGCCGCACCUCCUUUCCCCUGAGACCAGAGCCAAGUUCCAGGUGUUCGUCGACGGCGGCAUCAGACGUGGUACGGAUAUUCUGAAGGCUAUUGCGCUUGGUGCCACGGCUGUUGGCAUCGGUCGACCAUUUUUGUACUCGAUGACGGCUGGCUAUGGCGAGGCUGGUGUGAGACGGCUAGUGCAGAUUCUCAGGCAUGAGAUACAGACUAGCAUGGCACUUGCGGGUGCCACGAGUGUGGAGGAAGUUGUACCCGAGAUGGUCAAUAGCGAGCGGGCUGAAAAAGAAGUUACAGGAAGGGUGAAGCUGUAG